CAGGCGGGGCGGCCGCUGCCCCCGCCGGGCGGGGAACCUGCACGGCGGCGCUUGGCAGCAUCAUCCGCGGCUGCGGGGCUGACACACGCCUCCAUCCUCCUCUCUCCCGGCAGCCGCUCACACGCGCCUCGCCGCGGGCGGAGCGGAGCGAGGGGCGCCGCGGCAGACAAAGCAAAGAUGGCAGGGAUCCUCGCCUGGUUCUGGAACGAGCGGUUCUGGCUGCCGCACAACGUCACCUGGGCGGACCUGCAGAGCACGGAGGAAGCCGCCUUCCCGCAGGCGGAGGACCUCUACCUCGCCUUCCCCCUGGCCUUCUGCAUCUUCAUGAUCCGGCUGCUCUUCGAAAGGUUCAUUGCUAAACCAUGUGCCUUAGGCCUUAAAGUCCAAGCCAAUGGACCACAGAAAGCUCAACCUAAUGCUAUCUUGGAGAAGGUUUUCACAGCUAUUACAAAGCAUCCAGAUGAGAAGAGGCUGGAAGGGCUCUCCAAGCAGCUGGACUGGGAUGUGCGCAGCAUUCAGCGUUGGUUCCGACAAAGGCGCAACCAGGAGAAGCCCAGCACCCUUAGGAAGUUCUGUGAGAGCAUGUGGAGAUUUACAUUUUACCUUUAUAUAUUUACCUAUGGAGUACGGUUCCUGAAAAAGACACCCUGGCUCUGGAAUACCAGGCAGUGCUGGAGCGGGUAUCCCUAUCAGCCCCUGAUGCCUGACCUUCAUUACUACUACAUAGUUGAAUUGUCAUUCUACUGGUCCUUAAUGUUUUCUCAAUUCAUUGACGUCAAAAGAAAGGACUUUGGAAUCAUGUUUACACAUCACAUUGUAACAGUCACCCUGAUUACCUUCUCAUACGUGACCAAUCUGACACGAGUGGGAACCUUGAUCUUGUGUCUCCAUGAUGCAGCUGAUAUUGUCCUAGAGGCUGCCAAAAUGGCAAACUAUUGCAAGUGUCAAAAACUGAGUGACCUUCUAUUCCUUACAUUUGCCGUUGUCUUCAUUGUCAGUAGGCUUGGCAUAUAUCCCUUAUGGAUAUUAAAUACAACGUUGUUUGAACUGUAUGAAGCUCUGGGCAAUUUUCCUGCCUUGUGGGUCUUCAAUGUGCUGCUUAUGGUUCUUCAAAUUCUGCACUGUUUUUGGUCUUACCUAAUCAUAAAGGCAGCCUACAAAGCUAUUUCAAAGGGCAAGGCUGGGAAGUGGAACCCCUUGCACGUAGCAAAGGAUGCCCGAAGUGACGUUGAGUCAAGCUCAGAUGAGGAGGAAACAGUACCUCGCUCCAAGGGCCCGCACAGCACGGUCGCCACCAACGGCACCAGCGGCGCCAACGGGACAAAUGGCUAUCUCACUGCUGCCACUUCCUCAGAGGAGCAUUAAUCCUUCAGUUCAAUCAUGAGACACGAACCGAACGAACUGUUUGCUACUGGAAGUAAAUUAUAAGUCGUGAAUGCAGUUUAUUCAUGUAUUUCAGCAUCAGAAAAAAAUUAGGAGUAUCAAAGCAUUCUGAUAGCGCACUGCCAUAUUUCCUGUUUGUGAAUGAAGACAGCACACCAUUCUGUAUACGUAGGCAUGCUGUAUGUGUAUGUAACUGACACAAUGGGAGCAGUAUUUUCACUUGUACUGUCUGAAAUAUUAUUUAUUUUUUAUUCUUUUGGGAACUUCUGGACAAAAGGGAAUAUCCAUUCUCAAACUUUGUGUCUUGGAUUCUCGGUAACGGAGAGCAUCAUGCUCAGAUCUCUUCUGUCCAUCCCUGUUGGUUUUGCUGAAUCUGCUAUAAGUAAUAGUUGCUUGAUUUGUUACUUACAGUAAGAUAGAACAUAGCUUUAUAGGUUUUAGAUCUGCUUCAGAUAUUUUUGCUAUCUUUGUGUUUUAAAGUACUGGCUUUGAAAUUGCCUAUCAAAUCACAGUUAGUGUUCUUCCAACAUAAUUGGGGGGGGGGGAAAGUGGUAAUUGUGGGAUAUUAUUUUAGCAUAAUUUAAAAUUCAAUUUGGUGGUUAAUUGCAUUAGAAGUAGACUUGAUUUGUUGUGCAAAUACCCAAAAGCAUUUUUUGUCAGCACUUUGGAUAAAUUUAUUACCUUUUUUUUUUUGGCCUUUCAAUUUUUGACCUCUACAGAUUUUAGCUUUUUGCAGAGAUUCCAUGUAAAAAGGUGUUUCUUCAAAUGCACCAUUCUGAAUCCAGACUUAACUCCUGAAAUUGUUCUUGCACAAUUCUUGAGAACAGGGGUGUAAUGAAAAAAACAGCAGAUGAAAAGUUCAUUUCUUCCUCGGACUCAGCUCAGUCUAUGUAUUGUUCUCAAAAUUAUUGCUACUUCCUUGGCAGGGUGAAGAGAGGGAAGACAGAAUGUCAUACAUUUCUAAAAUUAGUUUAUUUACAUUAUUUUAUUUUACAUAUGUGAGAACUUGAGCAAAAUUCACUCAGCAUAAUUCACAGCAACCUUUGAAUGCUCAGCAGUAUUUCAUCACCUCUACAAUAAAAUUAGGGGGCGUUUGUAAAAUAAUUUUGCAUUCUUUUUUAUCCAAGAUUUACAAAUAGUGUCCCAAAGAAGACAUAAUAACACCCUAAGUAAACAUCUUUUCAAACAUUAUAUGCAUACUUCUUCCAGUCUCUAGAUCAAAGUUUAGUGUAAUGUAGGAUGCUAAGGAUCAUACAGCUCUUGCAGGACACUCUUCUGUGAUUUGUGACAGCAGUGCCAAAAGUAGGCAGGGUUCUUGGGUAACAGACUCUAUGCAACCUACUGUUCAACAGUAUUGUGUGUGCACACAGAACCAAUGUGCUUAUAGACCAAAGACUGACGUACACACACACACAAAAGUUAAAAAAAUAAAGGAAGGGAAAAAAAAUCUCAAGUGUGUCUUCUAUAUCCAAAGGGAUUGGAGUGCUGUGUUCAGCUGGAAACCUGAGCCAUGAGGUAAUUUCUGAUUCCUUCCACCUAUGCAAAUAGUAAAAUAUAGAUGGUUUCUGAUGCCAUAAAACAUGUUUAAAGAUGCUGUUUUAUAUAGACUUCAUUGAAGAAAGUUGUGUUGUCACUUCUUUCUUUUUAAGAAAGAGAUUUGUCCUAUUCUACUGGUCACUCUUGAAAACUUCUAAAACUUUUAUUUUCCAUAGAAACUCCUGUGUGUUAGGAAAAAGGAGGUGUGCUAAAAGCAAGAUUGGAAUGGCAUGAAUGGAAAUAGUACCUCAACUUAGUAAAUAAUAAAGGUAAGAAAACUCAGAAAGUGUAAAUCACAAAAGAUCUGUCAGUUCUACUACCCACAGAGCAUCUUUUGAAAAACGCAGAUAACUUUGUAAUCCAGCAGCUGCAGAGCUUAAAUGCCCAUGAGUAUAUCUGAAGGAGCAAGGGAGCCUUACUUAAAUCUCCUUCUCCCCAGAAAGUUUCUCUGCCUCUGAAUUUUUUCAUGUCUCCUGUGCAUUUGAUUUCAUACAGUUUUCUGCAGGGCAGGUUAUACAUGUGAAAAUAUGCUGAUUGCAAUGGAAAGUAUCCUAUCUAUGGUGUUUGCAGCUGUGUAGUAAUUACUGAAAAGACAAUUCCAGGAUUUUAAAAUAAAACCAUCCUGGUAUCAAUUAAAUUAGGAUUAUGAUUUUUGAAAUCUGACCUGCUAAAAUGGUAAUGGAGAAUAUCAGUUUAAUUCUGUGGUGUUCAUUACUGCCUCCACUGAACCAUUUCCCUUCUGCAAAGAUGGUUACAAAAAUGGCAUUCUGGCAAAAUGUUUUGUCUCACAUGAGAACAGAAUGUUGCUCUGAACUGUCAACAUGCACAACAUAGACCACAUGCGGCAAUGUUGGUGAUGCAGGGCAUAGAGCAGUCUCCAGCAACAAUCCCUGUGCCAGAGGCCUUUAGUCCUUGUUGGUCCUCUUCAGCAAUGCUCCGUAAUGUUCAUUCAGAUGUAGAGUCAAGGCUACAAGCCUUGAGAUGAUUUACCAUCACUACAUAUGCUGUUAGGGAAUCACAGAGUCAUAGAAUGUUAAGGUUUAGAGGGGACCUUGAAGAUCAUCUAGUCCCAACCCCCCUGCCAUAAGCAGGGGCACUUCACCCUAGGCCCGGUUGCUCAAGAUUUUAUAAAACCUGCCUUGAACAGUGCCAGGGUUGGGGCAUCCACAGCUUCCCUGGGCAAGCUGUUCAGUAUUUUACCAGCCCUGAAGUAAAGAAUUUUUUUCUAAUAGCUAAUCUAAAAUUUUCUCCUUUUUGCUCCAGUCCUCUUAUCAACUUCAUAGCCCUUCUCUGGACAUGCUCCAACAGUUCUAUGUCCUCCUUAUGUUGGGGACACCAGAGCUGGCUGCAGUACUCUGGGUGGGGUCUCACAAGAGCAGAGGGACAGAAUCCCCUCCCCUGUCCUGCUGCCCUCACUCCUCUGGAUGCAGCCCAGGAUCCAUUUGGCUUUCUGGGCUGUGAGUGCACCCUCAUGGCUCACGUUGAGUUUUUCACCAACCAUCACUCCCAAGUCUUUCCACAGGGUUGUUCUCAAUCACUUCUCCACCCAGCCUGUAGGAGUGCCUGCGAUUGCCACAAGCCAGGAGUAGGACUUUGCACUUGGCUUGCUUGAACUUCAUGAGGUUUCCAUCGGCCUCCCUCUCAAGCCUGCCAAGGUCCCUUGAUCCCCACUGUUAAAUGGUGCAUCUGGGAUUGAAACUCUUCCUUUGAGGUUUAAAUUCAGUUGCAUCUGUGAAAUGCUAAAGCAUGUAUGCAGUUACCUUGGUUCAGCUAACACCCAAUGACAUAGCCCCUAUCAUCCUGGCCUUUUGGAUUCUGUUCGUAGCAGUUAGUAUAAACUUCAUACCGAUAUGUCUGGAAAAUAAGUGAGGUAAGAGAGAUUCAAAUGACACAUGUGGGGGAAAAGGGUAAGAGGAAGCCUUAAGAACUUCACCAACCUUUGCUAAACAAUGAUCUUUCAAGCUAGAGGUUUAUUUUAAAAAUUAUGAAUUCACACUUUUUUCUGUCUCGAGUGGGAAGGACCAAGUGAUUUAGUGAUCAGACAUGGCAGUGUGCUUUAAUUCAUUGUUUCAACUAAUGGGUGUGAAAACUGGCUUCAUCUUCCACUCUGCAGAGAAAAUGCCAUGCAAUUAUUUCCUUUUUCAUUUGAAUUUGAUUGCUUUUCUGAUUAAGAGCUUUGCAAGGUGCAUUUGGAGGUCAUAGAGUAUUUAGAGGUUGAUUGCACAUAUUUUAGAAGAUUGACUGAAAUUAUUCGCAUGGUUUAUGGUAAAUGUGAGACCUUGAAAGGUUCUGUAUAUUCACAUGUUUUGUAGAAUUGUAAUUUAGUAAUUCUAGAAAUGAGAGUUUGUACUCUAUAACUUAUCUGUCUUUGAGUUCUAUGGUCCUUGUUUAUGGUACAGUACAUGACACAGUGGUGGAGAUGUCAAAGUAGAAAAAUGAGGAAAUUAGAGUUUAUUACUAGAUAGUAAGAAUUUGUCUUCUCUCCUAGACAGAGCCCAGAUUACAGUAAAAUAAGAUUCAGGUUACCCUUUGUGUGGUGUUUCCCAUAUUGGCAUAUUUUGUAUCAAAAGAAAAAUACAUGGUGGGUUGGUGGUUUUAUUUGGUUGUUUUUCAUAAAGAACAACAUUGCAGAAAAUGGUAAAAAUACCUGAUCAAACAAUAUGGGUGGACAUUGGAGUCCUUUGGGUCUUGAUCAAUGUUAAGUAGUGCUAGUUUUAAAAUACCAAAGUGCCCCAUGCUGUUUCCUUGUUGCCCUUUUGUAGUUUUUUCUAUCUGUUAUUUAUUUAAUGAUUCCAGCAGAAUUGGUACAGGUGUCACAGCUUCAUAUCUCCUGCCUCAGCCUGUGACCAUUCUGUGACCAUCUGAUUGCCAACGCCAAAUGCUUUUUCUGAGACCAAGUACAUGCACUAAAGCUUUGCUUACAGUGAAGUGAUUCUUGUCUUAAAUCUGUAUCUGAUUCAGGUGAAAAUCACUUCAUGGUUGUGAACAGGACACGAGGGUGAGAGCCGUGACCCUGCAGCACACGCCACUGCUGGGUGAUUGAGGCGCUCCCUGUCUUACACAGAGUGCUCGGUGGGAAGCCUAAUGCCCAUUUCAUUCAUUUUCUCAUUGCCACAGCCUUCUGUAUCUCAGAGAAAUAUGGGCUACCAUUGGUUUUAUACAGCUGAUGCUUUGGUAUUUUCUUAAUCUCUUUGCUACAACUCAUUUUUGUAUGUCUCCUAUUGUCUACUUCCUGUGACAUUUGUGGGAGAGGAGUAUUAAAAACUUUUUACCCUUCUUGUAAUGUAGACCCUCUUAGGCCUAACUUAAGUGUUCUGCAAACUACAGUUGCCUUUAAACCAUGAAGCAAAACCAGUUUGUAUUACUUGUUUUGAUUUGAAACAGGGACCUAAUGGGAACUUCAGUAAGACAACAUUAUUCUUUUUUCCCCUUUUCUUUUAAAAAGCUCUAGUGGAGGUUUGGAAAGAUGGUGUACAUGUACAGCUUUUACACUGUAAAGAUUUCUGAUUGUAGUUGCAAUGAAAACACAGUGUUUGAGUGUGUCUCUACAGACUUCUCAAUCUUUGAAAUUGCUUUCAGUUAAAAAACUGGAAGAAAUACCAUGAAAGGAUGUUUUGGAGUCACGUCAAUGAUCACAUGUGUCAGACAAAAGGCAAAAAAUACUGUCUUACAUGACUUAAAAUGGGUGCAACAAAACACAUUUUCUGGCUUCUGCUGAGCUUCAGCUUUUUGCUGUUCUUGUUUACACAAGCUCUCAUACCAUACUGUGCGUGUUGACUGCUGCAAGUCAAGGGGAGGCAGAUGACACAUUUUCACCUGUGUUUUCAUGACAAUUCUGUGCUUGAGCAACUCUUUCAGAAAUGUGGUGAUGUGUAGGAACUCCACUGUUCUGGAUACAGUGAUGCACUAGCUAGAAGUCCUUUCAUGUAUAGCUAUUGUGUGGAACUUUGGAGGUUAUUUUGUCUUUUAUUUGACUGGGUUUGGGGUUUUUUCUAAAACAGAGAAAAAUUAUUCCUCAUAAAAUCUCUGGAACCAACCAGUAUUGUGGGCUAUUUUAAUUUGGAGACAGUUUCAUAAUAAACAUAAGUAUUAGAAAUGUA